UAUCAUAUUGACAGCCCUCGCUCUUAUCCAAGCACACCCAAUGCAAACUUCCCUGAGAGAUAGAAAGGAUUUGAUAUCUUAGGUGCUUAGAGAUCCUACAAUGGAGAAAGGGACGAAUUCACAAGCAUCAUUUGGACCUUCAUAUGAAGUCUUUUUAAGUUUUCGCGGAGCAGACACCCGUUAUGGAUUCACCGAUUGUCUUUACCAUGGCAUGGUUGACGCUGGGAUCAUCGUCUUUAGGGACAAUGAAUCGCUCCAUGUUGGUAAGGAAAUUGGUGGUGAACUUCUACAAGCAAUUGAGAACUCCAAGAUCUACGUUCCUAUAUUCUCUGAGAAUUAUGCUUCGAGUCACUGGUGCCUUCGAGAGCUUGCAUAUAUGGUUGAGUGCACCUCGAAAUCGAAUGGAAACAAAGAGAUUCUGCCGAUUUUCUUGAACGUAGAACCUGCUGAUGUCAAGCUCAAAACAAACUUGUAUACCCAAGCUCUUUCAAAGCGCCAGAAGACAUGGUGCACUGAAGUAGAGUCAUGGGAAAAGGCUCUCAUUGAGGUGGGCAAGAUAAAGGGAUGGAACUUGAAGAAAGAUCAAGGCCAAGGAGAUCUUAUAUGUUCUGUAAUUCGAACGGUUUCGGUUAAGCUGAAGGUUGCAUAUGAAAAUGUGACUGAACAUUUAGUCGGAGUUGGUGAUCGUGUAGAAGCUAUAAUCAAAAUGUUGGAUGUAGGAUCUGAUAGUGUACGAUUUCUCGGAAUUCACGGAAUGGGCGGUGUUGGCAAAACAACUCUCGCUAAGGUCGUCUUCAACACACUAUCUUCUAGCUAUGACCGAUGCUGUUUCCUUGCAGACGUUCGAGAAUCAUCAAAAGGCAAUAAUGGUAUGGUAAAUUUGCAAAAACAAAUGUUAUCCAAGCUCCUUGGUUCUCAUUCCGUUGAUCAAAUUUAUCACGUGAAUGAUGGGAUCAACAUGAUUGACAGAGGAGUGCUUAGAAAUAAAAAAGUUCUCGUUAUUCUUGAUGACGUGGAUGAGAAACAACAGCUGAAAUGUCUAGCAGAAAAAGGUAAUUGGUUCGGUAGUGGUAGUAGGAUUAUCAUAACUACUAGGGACAAAAGUGUCCUAAUGAUUGAGGGAACAACAUGUGAAGGCCUUGUAAAAAUGUCUGCAAAUGUUUCGACUUAUGAAGCACGUGAAAUGGAAUUUGAUCAUGCUCUUAAGCUUUUCAGUAGGCAUGCAUUCAGAAGAGACUCUCCACCAGAUCACCACGUCUCCCUUUCAAAAGAAAUUGUCUUUACUUUGGGAAAGCUUCCUUUAGCUCUUGAGAUUACAGGUUCAUCCCUUAACGGUAAAUCUGAAGCAUUAUGGGAUGACACAUUGAAGAAGCUAAAAGAAGCUCCUCCCAUGGAAGUCCAAAGAAAAUUGCUAAUAAGUUAUGAAAGGUUAGAUCGUGCACAAAGGCAAGUAUUUCUAGAUAUAGCUUGUUUCUUUGUUAAUGAGGACAAAACAUACCCUUUCUACAUGUGGGAUGACUGUGGAUACUACCCACAUGAUGCCCUUGAAGUCCUCUUUCUCAUGUCCUUGAUUAAAAUCAAAGACGACAAUACUUUUUGGAUACAUGACCAAGUGCGGGACCUCGGAAGGCAAAUUGUCCGUGAAGAGAAUUUCAACGAUCCUUGUGAGCGUAGCAGAGUGUGGAAUUUUGAGGAAGCCUUGAGCAUUCUGAAGCGGAAAGAGGGAAGUCGGAAAAUGGAAGCACUGUCCAUAGGAUAUCGAGGAAAUGAAGACGUUAUUCUAAAGCAUGAUGAAUUUGCUAAUUUACGGAAUCUGAGGUUCUUUGAAGGGGAUGGGGUGUUCUUUGUUGGAGACUUCAAUAAUCUUCUCUCGAAUUUAAGAUGGAUUUCUUGGCAAAGUUGCCCUCCCAAGUUUGAGGCAACAAACUUUCAUCCGACUAAUUUAGUUGUUCUUGACCUUUCAUGGAGCCAUAUUUCGGAGGGAUGGAUUGGCUGGAACCAAAUCAAAGCAGCAAGUAAACUAAAAGUAUUAGAUCUCGGCUAUUGCUCCUUUUUAAGAAUACCUGAUUUAUCUCCGUGGGUGUCCUUGGAGAGAUUGAUUCUUGAAGGCUGUUACAACUUAAUUGAAAUCGACCCAUCCAUUGGUAAAUUGAAGCUCCUAACUUCUUUGAACUUGAAGGGAUGUCAAUCUCUUCGAGAGUUGCCUGAAGAAAUAGGUUGUCUACAAGCUUUGAUAGAGAUUGUCAUGCCUAAUGCGCUUCAUGGACUUCCAGAGACGUUUGGUAACUUGCAGUCAUUGUUGACCUUUGAUGUACCAAAUAGGCAAAUCAACAAAUUGCCAUACUCGAUUGGAGGGCUGGUGAAAAUUAGGCGAUUGAAUUUAUCUGGGUGUACAUACAUAAAGGAACUUCCAGAUUCGAUUGGGAAAGUACAAUCAUUAGUUGAGUUGGAUAUUUCAUCGACAAGUAUUGGUCACCUACCCGAUUCAAUUGGCAAUCUAAAGCAACUGAAAGUACUAAGGAUGAGAGGCAUAAUAGGGUUAACAAAAUUGCCAAGUGCGAUUGGGCUGGUGGAGAAGCUCGAAGAGUUGGAUGCUCAAGAAUGUUGCAACUUGACUGGCGAAAUCCCCGAAGAAAUUGGGAGACUGUCCCGUUUGAGGAUCCUAGACUUGUCGGACACACGUAUAUCCGAAUUACCCACCUCGGUGAGUCACCUCUCUAAUCUCCAAAUACUUAAGCUAGAAAAAUGUUGUGAGCUGAAACAAUUGCCGGAGCUUCCCCCAAGUUUGACUUGGCUGACAUGGAGCCCUUUUUAUUUCUCGUGUUCCACCCCGAGAAUUGGUGCCCUAUCUCAACAGGGAACACUUGUCACCACUCCUCCCACUAGCAUCGGUACCCUAUCUCAGCUUAAAUCACUAGAAUUGUCCUGCAAUUACAUGCAAUUCCUCCCCCGGCUCCCGUCUAGUUUAAGAGAGUUACGACUUGAAGAUCUGGAGACCACACGAUCACCGGAUUUUUCCAAUUUGAAAAACUUGUUAAUCUUGACAUUCUAUCAAUGUUCGCUAAAACUCUCGAGUGUAUUUGAUGCGGAGUCGGAGGAACUCCGUGUGCAGCUCUGUAAGCUUAGAAAACUGGACUCACCGUCGCAGCCGGAAAUGAAAAGAUUGAGAUUAUUAAAGAUGGAUGAUUGUGAGUUCCUUCCAGAAGUACUUGAUCUGUCGCGCAUGAAGAAUCUAUACGAGCUGAAGUAAUGGAGUCUUUACAUAUUCCCAAGGGUGUGGGACGGGUGUUGUUCAGCAUCCUACAUACUACCAGAUGGCUUAUGUACAAAAAAGAGUUCGACACGAGCCAUGUGGAAUUCGUGAGAGAUGGAGCAAAAUGGUUGGUAGAGAACGUAGAAAUUAAACUUGGGGAGUAGGAGUUAUCAAAAGUGCCAAGUGAGAAAGGCAUUGCACGCACGUUCUCCUCAGAAUUCAAAUUUACUUUGACGGGACACGUUUUGCAGAGAUUGUGGAACUUUAGCGAUCAUUUGAAUAUGUAAUAUUACUAUAGGCAAAGCAAAGGCUAUGGUUAUGUUUACAUAGAUAAUGUUAUGCUUUCAAACUAAGACUCAUUUGGAUUGUUUCUCAUGUUUCUUCUUUUCUGUUAAUAAAGAGCUGCUGAGGAUUGACUUCAUUUGAACAUUUACUUGAUGAGGCCC